UAUAAACUGAGUUUCACUCCACCCUGACAAGCAUUAAGUAUAAUUGUAUUCAAAAGGUAUCCACUUAGGAAACUUCUCACUUUCAACAUGAAAUUCGUUUUUGCAUUCGUAGUUUUUGCUUUUGUUGGGUUAUCUUUCCAAGCUGCACACCCUAAGAUCACCAACAAAGGAGGUUUACUUUGUAAUAUAUGUGAAACCGUUGCUACUUACGUCAAAGAAUUAGCAGAAGAAGAUAUAACCGAAGAUGAAGUCACAAAACAAAUCGAAGCACUAUGUAAUGUUUUGCCAGGACAAAUGAAGGAACUGUGUAACGAUGAUGUCCUUCCUUAUGUCGAAAAUAUAUACGAUGCAAUCAAUAACCAAACAGCAGAAGAAAUAUGUGAAUCUUUGAGUUUGUGUUGAGUUAAAAUGAACGGAAUAAAAUAACAUUUGGCUAAAUACGAAUAAAAAUUUCAUCCAAAA